AUGAUGGCCAGUGUUUCACAAUUAAAUGAUUUAAGAAGUUAUUCCCGCCAUUGGCUGGGAGAGUUUAUCGACCUAUAUCAGUUGGAGGAAUGUUUAUGGCAACCCAAACAUCCUGACUACAGUAACAAUACAGUGCGCAACAAAGCCUACGACAAGCUGGUGGAAAAACUAAAAGAGGUCGAACCGAACCCCGACCGCAAUAUGGUGGUACGAAAAAUCAAUUCAUUGCGUUCAGCCUUCCGACGCGAAUACCGCAAAACCAAUGCCAAGCAAAACUAUGAGACACGCUUGUGGUAUUACGACAAACUGUCCUUCAUAGCCGACCAAAACAUCAAACGCACCUUGACGAGCUUGGGUGGCAGCAGUAGUGGCUCAGAUGUUAAGGCUCCAAAACGUUCGCUCACGUUGGCGUUUGAAGAUGAUGAUUCGAUUGAAUACGAAGAUGAACAUCAGAUGGAGGCCAGCAGUGCACAUUCGACCUCUCAGACGGACAUGCAACAGGAUCCCAGCAUGACUUCAACUAUAGCAGCAGUGGCCAAUGGUGAGAUAGUACCCGUUUCCAUAGUCAAAAGUGAAGAUCAAAAGGUUCAUCAUCAGCAGCAGCAACACGAGCAACAUCAUCAAGAGCCACCACCACUACAUCAUCAUCACCAACAUCAUCAGCAGCAGCAACAUCAACAGCAGCAACAACAACAUCAUCAGCACCACCAACAUCAUCAUCAUGCUGCUGCCCAACAGAUUCACACUCAAACCCAACCACAACAUACGACAGCCGUCAAGGUGCUAGAAAUCACAUCGCUCGAUUCGAAUUCACAGCGUGAAAUUCAACAGGCCGUUAACUCGCUGGAACAACAGCAACAUCAAAUCCAACUACAACAGCAACAACAGCAGCAAGCCAACGGGGCCGCCGCCGCCCAACUAACACAAAUCCAUCAGCAAGUUCCCACCAUACAAAUUGCACGUGAACACCUUCAACCUUUAUUCGGCACUUCUGCUGCCACCUAUACCACCGCUGCCACCACUGGUACCCAACGACCGGAAGAUGAAUUCGAUGCCAUCGGCAUGAAUGUGGCCAGCAAAUUGCGUGUGAUGAACACACACCAGCGUAUCGUGGCCGAGAAACUAAUCAGUGACGUUCUCUUCAAUGGCCAAUUAGACAAUUUAAGUGUUAAUUCACAUUUAACCCAGUAGGAUGUUGUUACGUUGAAGGUGGAAAGACUUCAACAACAACAACAACAGCAGCAGCGACCGUUUCAACUGCAGCAAAUACAACAACCGCAACAACUACUGCAAGAAAGUCAACAACCAUUGUCGUUAUUAGAAUGGUUUAGUCAUUAUUGUCUAUCGUCUGCUGUUUAAAUGGAUGAACACACAGCUUAUUCCUGGUGGUAACUGAAAUCGGUAGACGAUCAAAAUAAAACUCUAGUUUAAGGCAUAUAAUUUAAGUAAGUUAAAUUUUACACAAAAUUUGUAUUUUUUUCAUACAUACAUACAUACAUUUUUUUCCUAAUUUUGAAAUAUUAAAUUGAAACAUGCUAUACCUAUUUCUAAGUUUGGAGAUUUUCGUAAAUUUAAGGUUUUUUUUUUUCUAAAUAAUCAGUUUCAAAGCCAUAUUAUUUGUGUGGAACACAGUACUUUUUUGGAGUAUGCAUAUUUUUAUAUCAAAUCUAAUAAACUAUCGUUUUGGAUUUGUGUUAUUAAAAUAAUAUUUUUUAUUGAAAAACUUAUUUACAUUAAUCAAUUUCUUAGGAUUUUUAAAGUCGUAUCUCAUAUUUAAAAACUAGUUACGUUUUUAGAGCUUUACACAUAUUUGUGUACAUUUGCUAAAUUUAGUUAUGAAAAUUUUCAAUUUCUAAUGUUUUAUCUCAAUUUUCUAUUUUGCUUUCAAAUUUAAAACAAACAAGUAAAAAAAUUUCAUGAAAUAGCCAAUAAAGAAACAUAUUUAAUAUACAAUUAACUGUAUUAACCUCUAGAUAUUACAAAGGUGUAAAGUUUUUAUAGUUUACAAAAGGGAAAAUAAUUUGCAAGAGUUAUAAAGAUUUGGUAAAACUUUUUAAAACUUAAGUAUAUUUUUUUCUGUGGGAGAACUUUAAAACACGCCCUACUUAUCUAUGUCCUUUAGUGUAUGCCCUUGAAAAUUAUGCAAUAAAUUUUAACAAAACUAAAUGUAUGUAUAAAUGAUAAAAAAUAUUUAUAAAUAAUUAAUUAAUAAUAACUUAGUAUUAUUAUAUCAAUACUGAAAAUAAG